UUGGAAAAAGCAGUUGAUAGUUUAGCCGACUUAUCUGAUUUAUCAGAGUAUGAUUCUGAAGAUUACCCGUUCUAUGCUGAUAGUAUACAUACUCUUUCUGAUAGUUAUUUAAAUCAACCAGAUGAUUGCAUAAUAGAGCAACGUCUUGAAAAAUUAUUUAGUAUUGAAGAUAAUCUUAAUGUCGAUACACUGGGAAAUGAAGCCGAAGAAGUAGAUGAACCCACUACACAGGCAUCAAAAUCAUUACUUUCAAUUUUAUCUAAACCACCAUCAAAAGAGAUAGUUGGCACAGCUAUGGCAAUCAAUUUAGUUUCUGAGCAAAAUAUUAGUAAUAACCAAAUACAAGUACAAGAAUCAUGCACUCAGGAAAAAGGCAGUGACUUAUUUGCCAUGGAAAGUUUAGUGGAAGACCAACGAGAGUAUCAAGAGUCUAUAUAUAUAUUUCACUUCAUGAGCAAGAUGAUAGAGAAAACAUGA